AUUUUCGUCGCGACGCUGACCUACCAACACCACAUUACAGAGUGCCCUUGCAAGCUUCCAGUUAGUCAAGAUGCGGGUCGAUUCAGACGACGACUUCGAUCCGGUCGACGACUAUGACAUGCUCGACUCCGCGGACGAGCUGGUCGCUGAGAACGGUGACACCCCGGCCACAUCUCCUCCCGCAUCCACUACUCUUCCUCGCUGCCGACAAAAGAACCUACAGUGCCCAUACGAAGGUUGCGAAAAGGCUUUCAAUCGACAAGCACGCCUCCAGGAGCAUAUCCGCUCACACACCAAUGAACGUCCUUUCAAAUGUCCCUAUUCUCCAUGCACCAAAGACUUCCUACGUGACAGUCAUCUAAAACACCACAUCAAGAGUGUCCACCAGGAUAUUCGUGACUACAAGUGUACUUGGGAAGGGUGUGAUGCAAGUUUCGCAACCGGCACAAGGUUGCGACGACAUGUCCAGACCCACGAGGCCAAGGAGAAAUUCAGAUGUCGUGGCUAUGAAGGCUGCUCUCAAACUUUUCGCAAGCAAGAUACUCUGGACAGACACAUCAAGACUGACCAUCUAGGAAUCAAGCCUUUUCCAUGUCAGGAAUCUGAUUCAGUCACUGGUUUGCCCUGCACAAAAGCAUACGAUACUGCAGAAAAGUUGCGCGCCCAUCAAAGAGCUAGACACGACCCGACAAGAUUCUCCUGCGAUGAAUGUAUGCGACAAAACGCCGAGACUCUUGCCAACUCUGCAGACACUGAUCCAGAUACAUUGCCUGUCGCGUCAUUUGCGACAUACGGAGAAUUUCAGGCUCACCUCACCAUCGUCCAUCCGCCAACAUGUGGUUUAUGUCCAACUUCUUUCACGACUAAAAAGGAGUUAACCAGACAUCUUGAAAUUCAGCAUGGUAUACUCACUGAAACACAGAAUAAGCCUAGCCAGUCCUUUCCUUGCACUUAUGAUGGAUGCGACAAACAAUUCACCAAGAAGGGCAAUCUCAACGUCCACAUCAAGACUGUCCACGAAAACAAACGUGACUUUGUAUGCGGCCAGACUGAGAUUACUUUGCCGAAGGAACUUGUCGACAACGGCAACAUUGUGGUUUACGGUUGCAACCGGAGCUUUACCAGCAAGGCAACAUUGGAAGAGCAUGUUCGAUCUGCACACCUUGGAUUGGAAGCAAAGAGAGUAGCGCAAAACAAGAAGCGCAAGGCAGAGCGACAGAAAGAGCUUGUUGCCACUGGUGGUCGAGUGCUUAAGAAGCGCAAACCUCGUUCAGACAAGGGUGUCAAGAAGACUUCUCUCAUGGCCGAUCUCAUUGGCCAAGCACAUUCGGAGAGCAUUGCAAUUCCUGGCGCUACGUCAACCGGCAACGAUGGUGACUCUACUCAUCAGGCGGACAUGGAUGCCGAGGAGCAGUUCCUGACAGGCUCAAUGGUUAUGUGUGGCGACGAGAUCUAUCACUAUGGCAGCUCGUACCACUAUCCAUCUGGCGAAUACCCGACUAUUGGUGGCAACACUGGUGCAAGUGGGCAUGCCAACGAACACAAUUCCAACAACGAUUCCAACGACACUGACAUCCCAUUUGGCCAGUACCUACCAGACAGUGCUAUGGAUUAUGAAGUUGACGACCUCUUUGGCUUCGAACAAGAGAAUCGAAUUGACUUCACCUACCCGGCACCAUUUUCUUACUAAUUGACGACCGAUUGUCUAUCACGAUCGAUAAUGAAAUGGACCAGCUCUUCAGCUUCGAGCUUCCAAAAGCAAGAGUUUACGUUCACCCACCCGUUACUAUUUCCCUCUCGACAACCGACUGGCUUUUAUGACCAAGGAAACGGAAUGAUUUUUCUUGCCCUCUUUCAGUUCGAGCAAACGUUAUGAUACCCCCGAUACAGCGCUGUGAUUACGGUUCCUCAUUCACUUUAUUAUGGUCCCCUGCAUAGAUGAGCGAGUUUGUUGCGAUUUCAAUAAUGUCACGAUUACGAAGACGAAACGUCAGAUUUUUAUUUCCAUGCAGAGCAAGGCGUUACCUGGCAAGGAAAAUAAGCAGACACUAUGCAUUGGUGUAGUGGCGGCUCUACUAAAAGUGUGGAAUUGGUUGUCGGCUGCUGCAUAGCAUGCAACAGGACAGCCUGAACAGACGCGGCGUUUGUUUUCACUGGAACACCAAAAAUUGGUUGGUCAUGGAAAAGUGAAACUUCUUUAGCAGAUAUCGAAGGUUGCCUCAAAAGAGGCCAAAGGGGGAUAAUUCCUUCUAAUGAGAAAUCCAUAUUGAAAAUCA